CGCAGAGGCCCCGCUAUGGACGGCGAAAGCGAGGUGGAUUUUUCCAGCCACGGCGUCACCCCUUUGUGGCGGAGACGGUCCACCUCUCCGCUCCAGUUGCUCGGCCGGGGCAAGCCGAGGCCGCAGUCCUACCAGAGCCCCAGCGGGCUGCUGAUCACCGACUUCCCGGUGGAGGAGUUGGCUGCCCUGCCCGCGCCGCAGACUCCGGCCCGCGUGCCGGACGGCGGGACGGCGUCCAGGAGCCCCCAUCUUCCGUGCGCGCAUCGGAGGCCGGUGACCAAUGGCCGCACGCUGUCCCCGGACUACAGAACUGCUUCUCCUCGACUCCGACGGCCCAAGUCACCCCUAGUUCCUCACGCCUCCUCGGGCGGCUCCCUGAAGUCGCCUGCUAAUGGCACGGUGCCCUCGCCCGCGGCGCUGUUGCCGAGCGCCCCGCGGACUCCGGACACUCCUGCCUCCUGCGACCCCGAGGAGGACCUCGCCGGGGUGACUGCCAGUAAGGUGUGUUCACCCGUUGCCAAUGGCCUCGUCCCUAAAACCAACUCACCUGGCCCAGCAUCACAAACUGCUCAGUCCGCUAGGGACUUGGAGCCCAGCCCCUUGAGACUCUCUCCUGCUCCCCAGCCCAGGUCCUCAGAGCAAAACCUGCCUCUCCAAAGGCUGCCCUCCCAAGAGAAUGAGCUCCCCAGUCCCUCCGUGGUUUUGAGUACCAACAGCCCGGCCGCCCUCAAGAUGGGAAAGCAGCAGAUUAUCCCGAAAAGCCUCGCCUCAGAAAUUAAGCUGAGUAAAUCCAACAGUCAGAAUGUGGAGCCCCACAGGAGGCUUCUCAAGGUGCGCAGCAUGGUGGAGGGCCUGGGAGCACCCCUGGGCCACGAAGGGGAGGAAGGCGAAGUUGAUAACGACAUAGACAGCCCGGGCUCCCUCAGGCGAGGCUUGCGGUCCACGUCUUACCGAAGGGCAGUGGUCAGCGGCUUUGAUUUUGACAGCCCCACCAGCUCAAAGAAAAAGAACAGAAUGUCCCAGCCUAUUCUGAAGGCAGUCCUGGAAGACAAGGAGAAGUUCUCCAGCCUGGGAAGGAUAAAGAAAAAAAUGCUGAAAGGACAAGGAACAUUUGAUGGGGAAGAAAAUGCAGUCCUGUAUCAAAACUACAAAGAAAAGGCCCUUGACAUCGACUCUGAUGAAGAUCCAGAGCCCAGAGAACAGAAGCCAGAGGAGAAAAUCGUGAUUCACCAUAAGCCGCUGAGAUCCACAUGGAGCCAGCUCUCUGCGGUGAAAAGAAAUGGGCUGUCUCAAACAGUGAGCCAGGAGGAAAGAAAGAGGCAAGAGGCAAUCUUUGAAGUCAUAUCCUCAGAGCAUUCGUACUUACACAGCUUGGAGAUCUUGAUCCGGAUGUUUAAAGAUUCUAAAGAACUGAGUGACACGAUGACUAAGACAGAGAGGCAUCACCUUUUCUCUAACAUAACAGAUGUCUGUGAGGCGAGCAAAAAAUUCUUUACAGAGUUGGAGGCAAGACAUCAGAAUAACAUCUUCAUAGAUGACAUAAGUGACAUUGUAGAAAAGCACACAACAUCCACAUUUGAUCCCUAUGUGAAAUACUGCACCAAUGAAGUCUACCAACAGAGGACGCUGCAGAAGUUGCUAGCCACCAACCCCUCCUUUAAGGAAGUGUUGUCACGGAUUGAAUCCCAUGAAGACUGCAGGAACCUACCUAUGAUAUCUUUUCUCAUUCUCCCCAUGCAGAGGGUGACUCGCCUUCCCCUGCUGAUGGAUACUAUCUGUCAAAAAACACCUAAGGACUCUCCAAAGUAUGAAGUCUGCAAAAGGGCCUUAAAGGAAGUAAGCAAGUUGGUACGACUGUGCAAUGAAGGAGCCCGGAAGAUGGAGAGGACAGAGAUGAUGUACACAAUUAAUUCCCAGCUGGAGUUUAAAAUUAAGCCCUUCCCCCUCGUCUCCUCAUCACGGUGGUUGGUGAAAAGAGGGGAGCUGACAGCCUACGUGCAAGACACGGUGCUGUUCUCAAAGAGGAUGUCCAAGCAGCAAGUCUACUUCUUCCUCUUCAAUGACGUGCUCAUUAUCACUAAGAAGAAGAGUGAUGAAAGCUACAACGUCAACGAUUACUCCUUGAGGGAUCAGCUGUUGGUGGAAUCUUGUGACAGUGAAGAGCUUAAUUCUUCUCCGGGCAAGAACACUUCCACAAUGCUCUACUCAAGACAGAGCUCUGCCACUCACCUCUUUACCCUGACUGUCCUCAGCAACCAUGCCAAUGAGAAGGUGGACAUGCUACUUGGGGCUGAGACCCAGAGUGAGCGAGCCCGCUGGAUCACGGCGCUGGGACAUAGCAGCGUGAAGCAGCCACCCGACAGAACCACACUGACCCAGGUGGAGAUCAUUAGGUCUUUUACCGCUAAACAGCCGGACGAACUCUCCCUGCAGGUGGCGGAUGUGGUCCUCAUUUAUCAGCGUGUUGGCGAUGGCUGGUAUGAAGGGGAACGUCUUCGAGAUGGAGAAAGGGGCUGGUUUCCCAUGGAAUGUGCGAAGGCCAUAACAUGCCAAGCCACUAUUGAUAAGAAUGUGGAGAGGAUGGGGCGCUUGCUUGGACUGGAGACCAAUGUAUGAUCUCUCAGACGCCAGCAGAACGGGGCUAAGUUUACCGUCGUCACAGUCCAUGUAACUAAAAGGAGGAAAACACUUGCCUGUAUGCUUGCCAAAUUGUUCCACCCUCUUAGAAGAACAGCCGCCAGAUGCAGUUAGUCCACACAGCUCGGUUUUAGCAUAACGAUGCUCCUAGAGACCUUCUUGGAUCCACUCAGCAGUCCACUUCAGGGAUGAGGGACCGUCUUGGCUCCUCCCACUUCCACUGAGUUAUGUAAGAUGCUGUUCUUCAGCUUCUCUAUCCUCAUUUCACUCCUUGGUAUUGUCCCACAGCAUCACUGAGUUUAUCAUUAAGGAGUGUCCAUUUUGUAAAUAUUUUUGUGUCUUAGUCUAAUGGUGUUAAUUCCGAAAGCAACUAAUAAUAGUUCAGUUAGGUGAGCUGUCAUGUUUUGUAAACCUCUUUCUACGAAAGGGAAAUUGACACUUGAACUUUGCUGCCAUUUUCCUCAUUAGAAGGAAAGUGAGGAGCGACCCAGUGAGGGUUUUUAAAGAUCCAUCUCAUUCAGUAUUGGUCUUGGAUAACUAUAGCCUAAUAAGCCUAAAGUACUAAAAUGACAUGGGAUUUACAGUUCUCCUAUGUGAGGACAUCCUGAAGAUAGGAUAUUUCAGGUCACCUGCUAAAGAGCUGACAGGAGACUGCUCUGCCUUCAGUAACACAUGGUUCCUAACUAUUCUAUUUGUUUUCAAUUAAAAAUGGCUGGAAUACACAUUAACAGUUUUCAGGAAGAGAAAGCUUAGAGAGUAUCAAGAUGGCAACAAGGCACUUGCUUGAAAUAUCUUGACCUUAACAGGAGUUUAUUGCACUCAAUGCCCAGCGUCUAGGUUUGGAGUCUCUCAUAGCUGAUUUCCUAUAAGACAUUAUUUUUUUUUCCCACUAGGACAAGGAGAGACAAGGUAGUAUUUAAAAAGUUCUUUAAAAAGUAAUGAAGGUUUGAAAGAGUGACAGGGGAAAAUUAUUUUCAUUAGUAGCUUUAACCUCUCUAUUCGGUUCACCAAGUAACAUCUAAAUAUACAUUAUCAGAGAGCUCAGAUCUUUGUCCCGCGUCACUGCUCCUAUCUAGACAGGACCCAAACCGUAAGGUUCCAGAAUCCCAGUGUGUAGGAGCUGGCCCGGACCCUGCAACCCAUCCACCUGGGCAGUAAACAAGAGUAGGGAUCCCAGGCGCUUCUCACCUUUGGGUUGUUUUCCUUUUGCCUGUAUAUAUAUUCCUUGCAAAAGACAUGUCAGGUCUUGAGUUCUUUUUUUUUUUAAUCUUUUUUUAAUUUUUUUAUUAAUUACAGUUUAUUCACUUUGUAUCCCCCCAUUAUCCCCUCCCACCUCUUCUCCCAGCCCCACCCUCCCUCCCCCUUCUUCUCGCUUGCCCCUCCCAAGUCCACUGAUAGGGGAGGUCCUCCUCUCCUUCCUUCUGAUCUUAGUCUAUCAGAUCCCACCGGGAAUGGCUGCAUUGUCAUCUUCUGUGGCCUGGUAGGGCUGCUCUCCCCUCAGGGGGAGGUGAUCAAAGAACAGGCCUAUCAGAUUAUGUCAGAGGCAGUCCCUCUUCCCAUUACUAUGGAACCCACUUGGAUACUAUGAUGUCAUGGACUACACCUGUGCAGGGGUUCUAGGUUAUCUCCAUGCAUGUUCCUUGGUUGGAAUAUGAGUCCCUGUGGAGACCCCUGUGUUCAAAUUUUCUGGUUCCAUUGCUCUCCUUGUGGGGUUCCUGUCAGGCCUUGAGUUCUUUGAGGUAUGAGUUAGUAUGUGAAUGAAGCAAUAGCAGUGGCCUACAGCAAGAGAUGUCCCACAUUAUAAAACAAGAAAUCUGCCUGUUUUGUAGAGAGGAAUUAUAGAGAAGAAAGUUGUCUCCUCUUCAAUGAUGUCACAUGCUGUUUAGAAGAAAUGCUAACAAGCUGUUGUUUAAUCUACUGUCAUGUGUUACUUAGGACAGAGCAUGUUGCCUGUAAGGGGAAUCAUUUUGUAUUAUUUUCGCUAACACCCCUUUGCAGCUCUAAAGGAAUGCUACGAAUCCUGUAAAUUAAUUUAUAAGCGUUAAACAGUGGAGAUGUAUGUGUCCUUGAAGUCAAGCAGCUGAACACUGUUAUUAAAGUGUCCCCUGUAGAGCAGGUAUUUAACAAUCACAGUGUUUCUUUUUAACUGUGAUUGUUUUUAACAGAACACAUCUUUACACAAACCUGUUUUAUAUGCCUUCUUUGAAAUGUACAGUGACUUCACUGCUGUAAAACAGAAAUAUUACUUUUGUUCCAAUAAAUUGAAACUGCUUGUACACUUUCAACAAAGCUUAUAAAGAUUGUCUAUAUACA